AUUGGUUGAUUACAUGACCCGCUCAAAACAAUAACAGCUGACUGCGGCGUGCAAUGUGAAAAAGAAUAACAAAUAAAAUGUUGCAAAAUUUAUCCUUGCUGAUGCGAAUACACACACGCCGGCAGUACGCAAAGGUCGCCACACAAACCAAAUCAAAGGUCAGAGAACAAAAUUGCAGCAAGCCGCUAAUAAACUGCCGGCGAACACAGUUCAACUUACUGCAACAUGAACGAGCAGAUGCAAAAUUUGGAACACUUCCGCUUUGUUCCAAGGGCUGGCUGCAUAAUAAAUCCAAAGGCGAUCACUUCAUUCUCAAUCCCACCGUCAGUCAGGAACAACUGGAAGCGGAGCUGCAAAGUCUGCAGCAAUUUCUAGCCACUGGACAAAUUCAGCUACAUCCUCAGCUGCUGGAGAAUCUACAAAAUGAGCUGAAGAUUACACAACUAACGGCGAUUCAGGCACAGGCGAUGCCUAUUGUAGAUGGCCGCUUUCAUACUCUAAUAGCAGCAGAGACGGGCUGUGGCAAAACCUUAGCCUAUCUGCUGCCAGUGCUCAAUGCGACACUCAAUAAUCAGACCCAGGAGACUAAGGAGCGACAAUUUAAUACACCCAGUGUGCUUAUAUUGACACCAGGACGUGAACUGGCCACCCAAAUCUCGCAAGUGGCUACCAAGCUGUGCGUCGGCACGGACUUGAAGGUUAAAGCGCUGCUGGGUGGGAAUACCAAACAGUUGAUGUUAAAUCCACAAUUCGAGGAGGUGGAUAUAUUGGUGGCUACUCUAGGCGCGAUUAGUAAACUGGUCACUACUGGCAUCUAUCAUAUGGAUCAGGUGCGUCAUGUUGUGCUGGAUGAGGCGGACACAUUGCUGGAUGACUCCUUUACGGAUAAGCUAACCUAUUUCCUGCGAAGAUUUCCCUUUCAUAGGAAUCAUGUGCAGGAUGCUGACACCGUGGGAACCCAGUUGCUGCUUGCCUCGGCCACGAUGCCAACGAAUACGAGGGAGAUUCUGCAACGCGUCAUCGAUGUGGAGACCAUACGGGAGGUGGUCAGUCCGCAUCUGCAUCAUCUGAUGCCGCAUGUGACGCAAAAGUUUCUGCGCAUGUCCAAGGCGGAUCGACCGGGCAACCUGUUGGUCCUGGCCAAGCAGGAGAUGGCUAAGCGACGGCCGCUGAUUGUCUUCAGCAAUAAGUCGGCGACGAGCGAUUAUGUUUCUAUAUUCCUCAACAACAGCGGCAUCAAUUGCAUCAAUCUGAAUGGAGAUAUGCUGAUGAAGAUUCGUUUGGGUCGCUUCGAGGAGUUCCAGCGUGGCAUAUGCGAUGUCCUCUCCACCACGGAUGUGGGCAGUCGUGGACUGGACACAACGCGAGCGCGUCACGUGCUCAACUUUGACUUCCCGCUGCAUGUCUCCGACUACAUUCAUCGUUGCGGUCGCAUCGGACGCGUCGGCAGCGUUGAAAAGUCUUUGGUCACAAACUUUAUAUCUUCACGCCGUGAGAUUGAUGUGGUGCAACGCAUUGAGCAUGCGGCACGCACUGGCGGCCUGUUGCCCGAUGUCAAUGCGAACAUCAAGAACAUUAUCAACAAACGCAUCAUGGCCGAGAUGAAGGAAGCGAAUGUGCCGUUGCCGCAAGAGGAAGCCUUUUAACCGUUUUGUAAAUAAAGUAUUUGAUUUGUUAAAGA